GGGAUUGGCAGAGAGGGGUGGAGGACACUGAGUGGAGGCCAGUGGAGGGAUUGGCAGAGGGGGGUGGAGGACACUGAAUGGAGACCAGUGGAGGGUGAUUGGGAGGGGGGGAGGACACUGAGUGGAGGCCAGUGGCAGGGAGGGGGGGUGGAGGACACUGAGUGGCCAGUGGAGGGAUUGGCAGAGGGGGGUGGAGGACACUGAAUGGAGGCCAGUGGAGGGAUUGGCAGAGGGGGUGGAGGGCACUGAGUGGAGGCCAGUGGAGGGAUUGGCAGAGGGGGGUGGAGGACACUGAAUGGAAGCCAGUGGAGGGAUUGGCAGAGGGGGGUGGAGGACACUGAAUGGAGGCCAGUGGAGGGAUUGGCAGAGGGGGGUGGCGGAAACGGAGCGGCAGGCCAGUGAGGAGGGAGUUGCAGUAGUCGAGUCGUGGAGUCUGCAUGUUGCAGAGGUGGAGUCUGCAUGUUGCAGAGUGGG